AAUUAAAUAUCUUAUUUGUCGUCCUCCUUUGCGCCUCUGGUCUGUCUGAUCAGAGAAAAAUUAUCAGAUCUGAUUUUCAUUCAUUACCUAGAGAGAGAAAGAAAAAGAAAAAACAGAUUAUACGGUGUCGUUUUGCACGUGCGCUCCCGAAUUCCAUAGAUUCGCUGAUGUAACCCUCGCAAUAUUGCAUUCAUUGCCGGUGAUUUAUUUUUGAUUUUUGAUUUUUGAUUUUUUGAUUUUAUUUUCCUCUGCCGAGCCAAUCAACAGAUUGGAAGGAGAGUUUUUUUUUUUUUUUUCCCAUGGAUUCGGAUGAAUUUCGGGCUAUUUUAUCGGGAUCGGGGGUUGGAAUUUGGGCUGUGAUUGACGCGGCGAUUAGAGUCGCCGGCUCGGACUACGGCGACGAGUUGCGCCGCCGGAGAGACGGAAUCGUCGAGUCUCUAUACGCCCCCGCCGAGCAGCUGUGUCACAACUGCGGCGGCGGAAUCAACGACGACGGCGGCCAGGACCACCGCCUCUGCAAUCGGAUUAAUAAUAAUAGUAAUAUUGUUAUUAACAGUAGUGAAGAUGUUGACGAUAAAGACGACCGCCACGACAGCAAUAAGAAAGUCGCCGCCGAUGAUGGUAAAACCAAUCGGAAUUUGAAUGAGGAUUUUAGUAAGAGUCCUCCGUUGACUCCGGAGUCAAACCACCGGACUUUUAGCGACGGAGACGGCGAAGAGGAAUUGGAUCCGUUCGCCGGCUUGUUUGAUGAUGAACAGAGCACGAUUCUCGGCAUCAAAGAGCAGCUUGAAGAUCCACACCAGAGUGAUGAUUCUGUGGUGGAGUUGCUUCAGACUUUGUCAGAUAUGGAUAUCACUUUCCAAGCUCUGAAGGAAACCGACAUUGGAAGACAUGUGAAUCGAUUAAGGAAGCAUCAAUCGGGCGAAGUUCGUGGAUUGGUUAAGCAGCUCGUCAGAAAAUGGAAAGAGACGGUGGACGAAUGGGUGAAGGUGAACCAACCACAAUCGGCUUCGGACCUCAUUGCUGAUGUGGACUCACCUCAGCAGAACAUGCACAGAAAUCACCAAAAUGGCCAUCACCAGGUGCCGGAUUUUGGAUACUCGCCAAAUCCACGGAAUGGGAGUUCUAGUGCAGAAAGGAAUUAUGCAGAACAUGAAACGAAGCCUAAACUACCUCAAUCUGCACCUCGAAGAGAAGCUCCUUCGAAACCAUUAAAACAACCUCAAUCAGCUCCUAAGCCUGUUUCUGCUCCUCCACCUAAUAGACCAACAAGGGAAACUGUUGUAGACGACGAGAGGCUGAAUUCAGCUAGAAAACGGCUUCAUGAGAACUACCAAGAAGCUCAGAACGCCAAAAAGCAAAGGAAAAUACAAGUGAUGGAUAUUCAUCAGAUCCCGAAACCAAAGAAUACCUUCUUUGCAAAGAACAAAAGCAACUUUCAAGGGAGACGAUGAUUCGCCCUCGUUUUUCCUUUUCUUCUUCACAUAAUUGCAUGCAAAUGGUUUCUUGUUUAAGGGGCCAUUCCUUAAAGCAGUUGGUUUGGCGCUUUGUUACAUUAUUUUUUUUUUGUUUGUCUUGAGCACAAACUAAGGAAGGAACUAAGUUCCAUAUUUAUGAUCUUCGAUUACGAUACUAACGUUUAUUUUAAGAUAUAAAAAUGCCUAUACCGUGGUUAAUAUCUUCGACA